UUCCCAAAUUCCGAUAGUCCGUCUCAUCCAACUCAUCCACCUUUAACAUCCGCUUUGUCUCAACCCUCGUCCGUCAACGCCACCAUCACCCCAACAUCACAGGCACCACUUCGCACUACUUCCAUGAACCCAGAUAUACCAUCUAAUUCUCAGCAUGUCUCUGAUGCGACGAAUUCCUCCUCAGUCGAUUCUAAUAUAUUCGCCGAUCAACCCAAUACUUAUUCUUCCAACGUUUCUCCUACCUCCUCACCCUCCUCAUCCGUCAUCAACAACACCGCUGCCCCUUUUACUACCGCUACUACCACUUCUAACCCCACCACUACUACUACUAUGAGUCAAACAAAGCAUUUACCUCUACGUAAACGAAUGACGAAGAAGGAACCUAUUAUUACCUCUACUACUGAGCCUAUACCUACCAGCAUACCUCGACGUGAACCAUCGGCCCUAGAAUCAGAUGGGAAAUCUUCCACAGUUUUGAAAACUUCUUUGCCUACUCUUGAACAAAAGACAGAAGCAGCACUGCCGAGUAGUAAAGAUGUAUCCGUGACCGAAAGUGACAGUGGUGACACCACAGAAACGGACGAAGAAUCGGAUUUGGCAGCACCCCGUCGGCGGUCAUCGGCAUCAACACAGACAUCCACAAACGCAACAAAAGGCGGCGAAGCGGUGCCUGACGUGCACAUGAAACCUUUGAAAAAGGUACAACACUGGAAAGGGAAAUUGAACGAAAAGUUUCAACAAGCCCAUCAGGCACCCAUGACGUUACCACCAUUCCAUUCGGUCAAUCCUUCCUUAUGGACAAGAAAACCGACUUCUCUACCGUCUAGUGCACUGAAUACGCCUUCCGAAGAAGUGAAAAAGACGGAUGGUUGGUUUGAAUAUGAAAAACCCGCCAGGAAAAAACCAAAAAAAAGCGGCGCUUCAUUCACACCAUCUUACAUGAGCGACAUCAGCAUGGCGGAGAACGAAAAAGCGGGUCGCCCUCAAACGAAACAAGACUCCGAGUACACAACGGCAAGAGGACGUCGUAAUAGCGGGCGACAGUCAUCGAAAGGAGGACGACUAGGCUCGGUGGCAUUGUAUUGCAUAUGUCGUAAACCGUACGAUGCACCGCGAUUCAUGAUCGCUUGUGAUCGGUGCGAUGAAUGGUUUCACGGUGAGUGUAUUGGCAUCAGUGAAAAAGAAGGCGAAUUCAUUGACGUUUACUUUUGUGAUGCGUGCGCCAAGGUCACAGGAAAAACGACUUCAUGGAAGCCCAAAUGUGCAAAUCCUGCUUGUCACAAGCCAGCAAGGAUCGGCUCGCAUUUAGGCCACCUGUCCAAAUACUGCUCCGACACAUGUGGCAUGCAGGUCGCUCGAGCCAGACUGGAACUGGCGGAGAUUAAACGUCGCGCUGCUUCAGAAUCCACUUUGUCGGUGCCUGAAGUUACCAUUGUCAAGCAACGACAAAACCGACUGCACUCCUUUGCCGAUCAGGACGAUCGUCAGCGACUGAUACAAGUACGUAAACAGAAACAACUAGUAAAGGAUGACAUUGCUGUUAUCGAUCGGAAAAAGUUGUUCUUGAAAGAAGUGGAACGGUCACUGCAACGUUUGGUGGCGACGGACGAAGCUGACAUUUGCGCAUUUGACUCCCGAUUGACCUGGCCGGACAGUGUAUGGAAAAAAGUCAAAGAAGUGAGAGAAGCCGACGAUGACCGACCGACGGAAAUCGUGUUUGCUGCGGACGUUCCUGAAACGGAGAAAACGUAUGCUAUAUGCCACAACCAUCGUAAAAAAUGCAGCAAACAUGCGGCAUGGCAACGCUUGUUCGCACUUGAAAUUGAACAAGAACGAAGUGAGCUCUUUCACAUGUUGUCUGUGCUUGCAAGGGAGCAUCAACAUAUCAAGAGGAGAAUGCAUCGCCGGCGCAAUGAAACGGAUAUGACAACAGCGCUGGCCAACGGUACAAUCACUCAUCAAGCAUGAACAAAUGCACAAAUAAAUAAAUAAAUAAAUAAAAAAGAAACGUCAGGAAAAAAAAGUGG